CGUGCUUUAAAUCUAGGUGUUCAGCAAGAAGAAGCGACUGACUGUUGGGAAUCCGCACAGCCACUGACCGACUCCAAACGACUGCAACUUCAACUCCAUCCCCACCAGCAUCCUCAUCAUCUGCCCAGUGCCAACCUGUUGGAUUUGGGGUCAAGUUUGCCAAGCCCGUGUGGAACCGACUGAUCGUCUGGAUUGGAUUGAGUCGAUCGAGUCAUCUCAGUUGGGUUCUCGUUGUCCGUCUGACCGAUUCAUUUGUCGUUAUGAGUUCCAAUGGCACGGCCGUGGGAUCGGGGGGCUGGGAGAAGGUCAAGGCCGGCGGCAAAGGAGGCAAACACAAGGCCGGACCUGGCUCCAACAAUGGUAAUCAGUCCAACAAUAAGAAGGCUGCCGCGGCCGCGGCUCAGGCCAAGAUGCCCAAGUGGAACGAUGUGUUGCCACUGGAAGAGUCGACGCGAUUCACGACCGUCCUCAAUAACAAUAACGGAGCUACGAAGUCUUCAAAUCCGGGAUCACCGGCCAAAAGCAGCAAAACGAAUGGGGUACAAAAGAAAAAGCCCAAGUCUGGGAAAGAAAAUGGCACCGCCGCCAAGGAAUCCGACAAGAAACCGGCCACUCUUCAGGAGGCUGUUAAGAAGGUGAAUAUAACGGAGCUCAAGAGCAUACUGACCAGUGUGAAGUCGCUUUAUCCGGACAAUCAAAUCAUCUGGCUGCGGGAUGCUGCCUCUUACUUCAAUGUGACCCUAGCCACCGAGCAGCCUUUAUCUCUGGAUGAACCUUUCGUGGACCAGCCUUUGGCUUUGUUGAACAAGGAAACAAAAAAGACCUUGACUCAACUCUGCCAACAAUGCUCGGAAGGAGCCCUGCAUACCGGAUUUGAGACGUUAUUGGCAAACUUGGUGCACGACAUGGCUCGCAAUGUCUCUGGUACCGGAUAUCUGGUGAUGCUUCAACUUAUGGCCGAUCAGCAUCCCAGUCUUUGUAUUCGCAAUUCGGAGCGAUAUUCCGAGUUGAUGAAUUCAUAUCAGAACCGCUCUCACGUUGGAAAAGCCCUGUUGUGGACCUUGGGCCAAGGAGGAAAGAAAGAUCUGGCCGUCGGAUUCGCGGUUUGGACUGAGUUUAUGCUCCCUGUUCUAAGCUUGAAAAACUAUUCAAGAUUCGUCGUGGAUUAUCUAGUGGCCCUUCUUGAGCGUCACAAGUCCAGCAUCCGCGGACAAACCCGACUUUUAUGUUCGUCCCAAUUCUUGAAAGUAUUCGACGCAAUGUUCGUAAAUGCUUCUAACUUGAACAAGGAGCUUCAGGCCUCCUUGCUGAGUCAGUAUCAGUCGAUCAAGGUUAUCUCCAUCGGAGAUUGCUCCAAUGAUCAUGAGCUUUUCACCGAGUUUCUCCGUCGAGUUCAAAACACGGUUCAAGAUCCGGAAAAUUAUUCCGAGGACUACAAGCAAGAGUCUUUGAAGUGUUUGGAAGAUUGUCUCACGAACAAUAAAGCCACAUGGAAACAUUGGCAUGAAUCAUACAUAACAUUCCUCCCCGCUUCAGCGCAGCUUCUCAUGCAUUUAGAUGAAAACUGGUCCAAACUUGGCAAGAAAGUCAACAAGACGGAGGCGAAAGAAACAUUCGAAGCCUUCCAGGAUCAUAACGAAUCUGUCUCUGCAUCUAAAGAAGGGGUGACCGAGGCUUUCAUUUCCCUUGAGUCAUUGCUGUCCAAAAUGGGCCGAAAUUCAACAGGAAGUUGGUUUCCGUGGAAGACAUUCAUUGUUCUCCUGUUCAUCGGAUUGGCCACCAUAGUUAAUCAAGAUGUGAUCCGACAUGGAAGCUUCAAAGCCUCGAAAACUGGGGUAUUCUUGAAGGAUGUCGGCCUUUAUGAGCAUACAGUAAAUUCGUAUGAGUACGCCUCAAGGAAAACUCAAUUGAGUUACAAAUGGACGGAGAAGAAUGUGCCAAUCUACUAUAAGAAAACGCAGGCUUUCGUCCUUCCCUAUUGGAAGAUGGUGGUCAAGGUCUUUACUGAUGCUUGGCAAUACAUACAAAAAACCACUCCGGUCGUGGUGGACAAACUCAAUGAGUACAUCCCAGGGAUCAAGGACAAACUCGUCCUUUUCUAUGGCGAAUUUGUGCGCAUUGCCAAUCUGGCCUGCAAAUGGCUUUCCAAGAAUCUGCACUUUUACGGCAAUAUCGUCAUCGAUUUGUGUCUUGAUGCAAUCCACGAAAUUAAGAGCUUCUUAGUCUUGUUGUUCAAUGGCCGAAUCACCCUCACUGAUAUUAGCAAUAUUGCUCAAAAUUUUGUGAAGUCUCUGAAACACUUUGCCACUGAGCUGUACAAGUGGACUACUCAGCAAAUUCAGGCCUUCAGUGCCUCGGCCAAAGCUUGAAUUUAGGAACGGCCUCUUGCCGUGCGGACAUCGAUUGUUACUCCGUUUUUAGCUCCAAUUACAAGUACGGCUCAUCGUUACUUCUGAGAAAUAAACCAUCUGCUCAGACACCCAA